GCGAUCGCUCGAUCAUGACGCGAUCUUCGCCAGCUUCGAUUGCUGGCCGCGCCUGUCUCGUCUGGCUUCUCGCAUCCACCUCUGUCUCAAUCCCCACGUGCCGCGCUCAGUUCGCCUUUUCUUCAGCCGGAGCCGGAGCAGUGGCUUCUGCCGGUGGCGUCACCGUGGUGGCCCAACUCCCCGGCUUGGCAGCUAUCAAUGGCCUCAUAAAUGGUUUGCACAACAACAAUAACUUUGGACCACAGCAGCAGCAGAUGCAGAGGCUGCAGCAAGGAAGGCCAGGAAUGGGACCAGGAAGAGGACCAGGAAUGGGACCAGGAAGAGGACCAGGAAUGGGACCAGGAAGAGGACCAGGAAGAGGACCAGGAAUGGGACCAGGAGGAGGACCAGGAAUGGGACCUAAUAGACGGGGAGGACCACCGAACCGACAGCAAGCUCCUCCUGGCUGGCCGCCGGGCUGGCAGUGGGGAGCUGGUGGCAACCAGCCGGGCUUCGGCUGGGACCAGCAACCAGGUUGGAAUGGAGGCGGGCCUCCUCCGCGUCCCGGCUGGAAUGGAGGCGGCGGAAUGGGUCCCGGGUGGAAUGGAGGCGGUGGAAUGGGUCCCGGAUGGAAUGGCGGCGGGGGCGGUCCUCCGCCGAGACCCGGCUGGAACGGAGGCGGGAUGCGACCACCACCACCACCCCCACCAAGGGCAGAUUGGGGAGGAGGAAUGAGACCACCGCCCGGAUGGAAUGGCUGGGACAACAAUCAGCCGUACCCAGACUACGAUUGGAGCAAUCCGGAUAAUGGGUCUCAAACAACGACUUCGCGAACACCAACUGUACCCACCUCGCCACCAACACCAACUACCCCCAAGUCGGUGGUAACACAUCCCACCUUCCAGCCACUGCCUCCCACGCAGCCCACCAAAGACACUCUGAUCAUUGGCACCAAUCGACCGCCGCUAGUGCCACCCCCGAACCAGGUCAAUCCCACUCCUGUACCACUACCCAUCCCGCUGCCCACGCCGGUGCCCCUCCCAUAUCACUCUAUUGAGGCGUCUGAAGAGCGACCCGUCAUAUUCCCCAGUUCCAGCAAGUACAUCCAUCUGCCCAACCAAGAAACUCCCUCUGAACCCAUCGAUGUGAGACGGAGAUGAGUCUUGGCGGGGGACUUCCCCAAACCGCACUUGUUGAAUAUUCAUAGUCCGCUCGAGAUCGUCUUGGUGUCUGGUAAACAGGUUCUGGAAGCCAAAACACCCGCAAAAAGUCCGGUGCUUGACGAAACUCACGAAUUUUUUAAUAAAUUACAGAAAAACAAA